GGCGAAGGAGGCGGAGGCGGAGGCGCAGGGCUCAGAAGGCCCAGCCAAGCUUGACCGCGAAGGCGCCGGGCCAGGCCCGGAGGAGGACGCCCUGCGGCAGACUCUGCAGCGCACGGCGGGCCUGUGCCGGUCGGCGAACGCGGCCUUGGGCGAGCGGCACAGGGGGGACUUCGUCUUCGACCCCGGGGACUCCCUCGCCAACACCGCGGACAGCCUCGGCGAGGCGCUGCGGGCCAACGAGGACGCGCUCCAGAGGGUGCGCGCGGGCAUCCUCGAGGAGCUCCAGGCGCGGGGCUUGUCGGCGGAGGGCGGCCCCGACGGCAGGCUGCAGGAAACGGAAGGCGAGGGGGACCUCGAGUCGCUGCUGGCGGAGUGCGACGCCAUCCAGGUCGUCGCGAGCAGGUGGCGGGGCUUGGAGACCCCCCCAGUGGGCUGGCGGAAGCUGGCGCCGGACGAGCUCGGCAAGUGAGGCUCCGCGUGCGCGUUCGUCGCAGCCUCCCCUGCUUCUCGCCUCCCCCCCUCGCCCCU